CUCACACUCACGCACCUUUACGUCACUUCCGCUCUGUGUGUACGUGCCGCGGCCAUAUUGGACUUCCGUUCUUCAAGGGUAACCGAAGACACCAAGCGAAACAAACAUGUACCGGUUCGCUAAAUCCGCGGUCAACGUUACCGGUCAGGCGGUGCGGCAGGUGAGGCAUGGAUCCACCGUCCGCGUGGACUUCCACUCCAAGUAUGGCAACGGCCUGAUGAUCGGUGGAGCCGUCUUCGCCACGGCUGUCUGGUCAUAUGUGCUGACUCAGACCGGCAUCACCUGGAAUCUGUCACCCGUCGGAAAGGUCAUGCCCAAAGAAUGGAGAGAGGCUGAAGAGUAAAGAGCCACUAUGACUGACUGACUUUUUGUUUCACCUAAUAAACCCUCUGGUUGUACAGAUGAAUAAUUAAUAUCUGUGUUCAGGAAGCGGAUGCCUGCUGUGCUUAUUCCGACAUGUUACUAUGUUCAAAUAAAUUAAAUGUGAUUCUG